ACUGCAGUGUGUUGAAGCCAUUCCUGGUUCCAGUGAUGAGUUCAUAGGAGUUUCAAGGGAUGAUCAGAGCCCAUGGAAACAGUUGCUGCCUGUAUUCAUAAGCCACCGUACAUAACCAUUGGCAGGUUGUUCUUGUGUUAAGCCUUCUUGCUGCAGGAUGCCUACAGAUGCAGUCCAACACCACCAGAAAGCUGCUGGAUUCCGGAACAGAUGUUGCCUGGAAUUCACCAUUGCCCUUCAGUUAGCCGGGUUGCGGCCCUAGCACCGCUGGUGUCAAACCUGUCCACCUUGGGUGGCCCUAACAGGGACUCAGAGUCCCCGAUGGCAUAGCUCUGACACUCACUCGUUUAACCUUCCCACCACAUUGAGGUCAUGGGUUGAACUUUGAGGAAGGUCUGUUACUGAGAACAUGUUUAGUGAUUUCAUUAAUGUAACAAUAUGUUACAGCUGAAGAUGAUAUUAUAGACACAUGGAUAGGAAAAUGGUAACAAAAUAUAUAUACUUACAGGUCACAGGAGAUGGUUUCACAUGUGGUUGGUGCCGAGGUAUCUAAAACAGAAAGAAAAGGAAAAUUAAGAAAAGAUGAGUUACAAAAAGAAAAAAAAGAUGCUGAACGAAGGAACAAGUUCACAGAAGUGUCCGAGUUAUGUAAUGGAAUUGGUGAGAUUCUCCGAAAAUAUGGUUUCUUCAAAGAAGCUAUUGAGGAAUAUAACCAAGACCUGUCCAUCUGUGAGACAUAUAACGACUCCUUAGGUGCAGCUAUUGCAUGUCGCAUGCUCAGUGAAUGCUACUGUGAUCUGGGUGACUUCAACAAAGCAGUUCAACUUCAGAAACGUUAUCUGUCACUGGCACGUAGCAUGAAGAACACCGUUGAAGAACAAAGAGCUUGGGCCACAAUUGGACGGACUUACCUCUUUCAGGCUGAAACAGAUGAAGGGCAGACAGCGUAUUCCAAAGCCGAAGAUGCAUUUAUACAUGCUCUGGAACUCUGUGAAAGCAUGAAAAAGGAUCUCAGCCAUAAGGAGUACAUGACGAUGAAGGCACGGCUCUUCCUGAAUAUGGGAGUCGUACAGACUGGCCGAAACAAUUUCCAGGAAUUCAAGAAUUAUAUGGAACGGUGCAUAUCAAUAGCUCGAACAAAUGGUUUGGAUGAAGAAUUGUUUCGGUGUCAGUUCCUGUUGGCCGACCAUUACAAUUUGGUUGGGAGUUCUUCCGUUGCUCUACAACACAUAGAAUCUGCUAUAAAAUCGACACUAAAGAUGAAAGAUAAUAAACAACUGUUAACUGACAGUUACCUCUUGAAAUUCCAGAUAUGCUUCGAAGCUGGACAAUAUGGUGUAGCACGCCAUUCUUUGAAAAAGUUGGUUAAUAUUGGGUUCAAUGAUGACAGGAAACUGAAAAAAUUUUAUAGCAUUGCUCAGAAGAGUGAAAUAGUCCAGGACAAACUGACAGCACUAGAGAAAAAAUUAGCAGAUAGUGAGAGUAUCAAGAGCCUGAUGAAACAAUAUGAGAUGCUAGCGGAUUACUCUGUUGAUUUGUCUUUCUACAAACUAGCCAUCAGAUAUUACCUUAAAGUGCUCGAACUUGGAAUCAAAAUUGGUACACCCCAGUCAGAUUUGGCUCCAAUUUAUAUGUCAUUGGCACAGACUUACCAAGAUGACUGCCAGUAUGAAAAGGCAAUUGAAUAUUAUCAGAAAGAACUUGAUAAUAUUAAGGACAAUCCAGAACAGAGCUGCCAGACACUUAUCAAUUUAGGCAUCAACCAAGAAAAUAUCAAGAUGAGUUAUGAGGUUAUCAAACUCUCCUAUCUUCACGCCUUGAAUUUUGCCAGAGAAGCAAAAAAUGUACGGCUUGAGCAACGUAUCCUGAAGUUGCUGGUUCAAACCCAGCAGUCGUACAAACAGGAUAAGGACAAGAAGAAAUUCUUGGAAAAGCUCAAAGAACUGCAGGCAAAGUGCCACUUGUCUGUAGAGGACAGUGGUCUUACUGAAGAAGGAGAUAGGAUCAACAUUAAUGAUGAUGAUGAUGAUGAUCUUCAUAAUUCCAGCUCUGAAAACGAAGAUGAUGUUGAAAUUUCUGAUCUCACAGAAUCUGAAGAAGAUGAAGAAGAAAUCAGAGAUCACCUGCCUAGCCGCCGGACGAAUACCACACGUUUCAAGAAGCUAGUCGUGCAAGGAAAGGCUGUGGGAAAAAUGCAGAACAAACUCUUGGAAAUGGGGACACACAGCAAUUUAAAAGGUCAUAAACCGAGGAGUAAGAACUGGGGCCAGCCUAUAAACGUACGGGACUAUUGCGGUUGGAUGCCGAUACAUGAAGCUGCAAAUCUUGGCUUCCACCUCAUAGUGGAGGUUCUGAUUAAGCAUGGUGCCAAUAUAAAUGAUGUUGGGGGCAAAGAGUGUGGUCAUGUGACCCCCCUUAUAGAUGCUGCAACCAAUGGCAACAUAGAAGUCAUGCAAGUGCUCCUCAAUCAUGGGGCUGAUUUUACAAUUACAGAUGCCAGGGAUCGAACAGCUCUGACAUCUCUGAUGGAAUGGCGUCAGAACUGUGAUGAUGUAGAUGAGGAGACUGAGCAGCAGUAUCAGUCAAUGGUUCGAUACCUACAGGAGAAGAUGGGGAUCAAAGAUGUCAGUGUUUUGCGUCGAAAAUUAGCUGUAACAUCAACGAACUGGUGUUCAGAUAACUCUGACGACAACGACAGUCCGCCUCUAAUUAAUGAGACAUCCCGCAAGAAGAGAGACAGAAAAAGACAGAAAGAUAAUCUAUCGGAGUUUAUUGAAGAUGAUAAUUCUACUGGAGGAUCAUCAGACUCUGAAACAGAAUUAUGCCACAACAACAGCAGAAACAUCAUUGAGCAGGAGUCAGCAACUGAUGCUUACAGGAAUGCCAUGUCAACUGUGGGUAGUAGUGCAAGACAGCGAUUGCACAAAAGUGAGUGCAGCAGCAAAUCGCUGCAGCGACGCAACAAAGUUGGAUCCAGCAAGACAGCUUUGAUCUCAUCAGAAAAAUAUGUUGAUAGUGAUUGGCUUAUUGAAGAUGUCCAACCAUCCAAGCGGAAACGGCUUGCUCCGAGGGGUAAUUAUUUUACAACAGGAACAGCUGUUCGAAAAGCUUCUGAGUGUAAGGAUUCUUCAUCCUCCAUCACAGCAAUGAAACCAGGUUCCUCCUCCUCUUCCUUAAGGCGCUUCAAGUCAAGGACAUAUUCUGUUAUUGACGAGGAAGAUGACAAUAACAGCAACGACAGCAGCAAUUCUCUACCUCCGUCAAAUCUUAACAUUAAUUUACCUAAUACCAUCAGCAGCAGUAUUGCUGAAGAACACCAGUUUAGUAGUGAGAGUAGAUUUAGUCCUACAUUUAUACCUGAGUCGAACCAAGAGGCUGUCACACUUUCGCAGAUAUUCCAUCAGAAUUCUGAUCUCAAUCUCACUGAUGCUGCAAACUUUACAGAUUCAAUAAAGAAACCAUCUACAUCAUCGUCAUCAUUGUUAUCAUCACUGCAAUUAAGAACUAACAAUGUUUCUUCUGGAAUGGUCCAGACGGUGUCCAAAGUGUAUAUUAAGGUUGGUACACUCUACUUCUGUGUGCCUCUUUCCCCCAGUGAUCGUUCAAAAACAAUACUUUGGCUCAAUCAAGAGACCUCUCGCCGUGUCUAUGCCCAGUGCCAGUUGAAGCCAAUUCUGUCGCUGACUACGAAAUCUGGGGCCCUCCUUGAUCCUGAUGACAAAAUCUCUAUGGUCAUUGAAAAUGGAGAAGAGCUUGAAGGUUGUGUCACUUCGUGGGAUCUGCCUCCAGUCCAAGACCGUUACACAGAAGCUUGUAAAAGUAAUAAAACAGUUGUUGUUGGAAAGAUAAGUCAACAGCUAGAACAGUGUGAGACUUCAGGUAAUCUUAUCUUACGUCAUAUGGCCUUGACUCCCAACAUCAUAUUACCAGUGUUCAGAGCUAUCAAGUAUCAAAGUAACCUAUGCUUUAUGAAUCUUACUGGUAAUCAUCUUGGUGAUGUUGGCCUUCAGUCUUUGGCCAAAGUUCUCAAUACUAUACCGUCUCUAACUUCAUUGGACAUCUCUUGUAAUGGUAUUACUCUGAAAGGCUUAAAGGAGCUGAACAGUGUACUUGAAGCAACAUAUGGCCCUUCCAUUACUGGUCAGCAGGACACUGUACCCUGGGGUCUUGCUAAGAAACCUUUACAGAAGCUGGAGUCACUCAAUCUCAGCUACAACCAUUUAACAGAUGAGUGCAGUGACACACUCAUGGUUCUGCUCAGACAUCUCCCAGCACUCACUCACCUUGCCAUAGCUUCCUGCCAGUUGAGUCACACACUGUUUGAACGUGCCUACCAAUCACAGCCAAGCCUCACAUCAUCUGGAAACAUGAGAUCUGAUGAUAGCACUGCAUAUAAAUUGAUGUAA